AUUGAUACAUAGACUUUUUUGUAGAUAUUCUUCUAAAAUUAACAUAAUUUCUAUAAAUAAAAAAUUGCACUGCAAAGUUUAAUGACAAUAUACCGUCAUGAAAUAUAAGGAUAACGUGGACGAAGAUCAAAUCCAAGUAAAGGUGGUUGGAAUGAAACAGAAUGGAGAUGAAUCACCCCCACCAAACUACGAAACUGCUACUUCAAAUGGGACACCAGUAACAAAAGAUGGAAAAACAGAAAGCAAAGACAUAAAAGAUGAUACUUCUGAAAUUGGAUAUUUUGGAAUUUUUCGGUUUGCUACUGGCAAGGACUACUUCUACAUUUUGAUCGGAACAAUAUCAGCUAUCAUCCAUGGAGCAUCUCUGCCGGUCAUGUUUAUAUUCUUUGGUGACAUGACCAAUAGUUUCGUCAGUUAUGGAAAAUAUGAACCGUGUGCUUUCAACUACACAUUAUGUGUUCAGCAAGGCGUGAUUGAUCCGAAUGUAACUACAUUUUUUGAAUUCGUACAAGAACUUGAGGAAUAUGGGACAGAAUUAAAUUCGGAAAUGGCACGAUAUUCACUUUACUAUGUAUAUCUGGCAAUAAUCAUAUUGGUUUUUGCCAGUAUUCAGGUGUACUUUUGGAUGCUUCAAGCUGUGAGACAAGUUCGUCAAAUUCGUAUCAAGUUUUUCCAGAGUAUAUUGCGUCAAGAUAUUGGUUUCUUUGAUUUGAAUUCAGUUGGAGAAUUGAACACAAGACUUGCUGAUGACAUUCAAAAAAUUCAAGAUGGAAUAAGCGACAAAGUAUCAAUCUCAAUUCAAAUGUUUGCAAGAGCUUUGGCCGGUCUUGUCAUUGGCUUCAUUUACAGUUGGAAGUUGGCUCUUGUUAUCCUUGCAGUUUCACCUUUACUAGGAAUUUCUGCUGCUAUGCUCUUCAAAAUCGCUACAGCUUUCACAAAGAAAGAAUUACAGGCAUAUGCACAGGCUGGUGCAGUGGCCGAGGAAGUUAUUUCUUCCAUAAGAACUGUUGUUGCUUUUGGAGGAGAGGAAAAAGAAUGUGAAAGAUAUGAUGAAAAUUUGAUUCCUGCUAAAGAAACUGGAAUACGAAAAGGCACAAUAUCUGGAUCUGGAAUUGGAGUCGUCAUGUUUAUUCUGUUCAGUACUUACGGUCUUGCUUUCUGGUACUGCAGCACAUUAAUAUUUGAUGGCGAAUUGAGCACUGGAAAUAUGUUGACUUGUUUCUUUGGAGUUCUUAUUGGAGCUUUUGCUCUUGGACAAUCUGGAAGCAACAUGGAGUAUUUUUCUGCUGCCACAGCUGCAGCAGGGAAAAUAUUUGAGAUAAUUGAUCGCGAACCGCCGAUUGAUUCAUUUUCAACAGAAGGUCAUAAACCACAACAAGUUAGCGGUCAAAUUGAGUUUAAAAAUGUUGACUUCACUUAUCCAUCGAGACCUGAUGUGCAGGUGUUGAAAGGAAUUUCAUUCAAAGCUGAGGUUGGAAAAACCAUCGCAUUGUGUGGUCAAAGUGGAUGUGGCAAAAGUACCUGUGUACAACUGAUACAAAGAUUUUAUGAUCCUCAGAAUGGAGUGAUCGAAUUUGAUGGUCAUGAUAUUAGAACAUUGAACACAAGAUGGCUGCGUGAAAAUAUUGGAGUUGUGUCACAAGAACCAAUUUUGUUUGAUACAACCAUUAGAGAAAAUAUCAAAUAUGGACGAGAUGGGGUUACAGAUCAAGAAGUGGAAGAAGCUGCAAAACAAGCAAAUGCUUAUGAUUUUAUCAUGAAGCUUCCAAACAAAUUCGAAACUCUAGUGGGAGAAGGAGGUGCACAAAUGAGUGGUGGACAAAAACAGCGUAUCGCAAUUGCCCGUGCCAUCGUUCGUAACCCUAAAAUUAUGCUGCUUGACGAGGCGACUUCUGCUCUGGAUACUGAAAGCGAAUCCAUAGUGCAGGCUGCUUUAGAGAAGGCAUCUCAAGGACGAACUACAAUCGUUAUUGCUCAUCGUUUAUCGACAAUCCGAAACUCUGACGUUAUCAUUGGAUUUAGUGAUGGAAAGGUGAUGGAACAAGGAAGCCACAAUGAAUUACUGAAAUUAGAAGAUGGAGUUUACCAAAACUUAGUCCACAUGCAAACAUACGGCACAGAAGAUGUUGAAAAGAAAGAAGAGAAGGAAACCGCUGAGAUAGACAAUUUACCAUUGCAAGACGAAAUCAAGUCAGCACCAAAACGUAGAAGUACGAAACGAAAACGUGUUUUGAGUGAAUCAAGUACAAAAUCAGGAGGAAAAGAUGAGGAAGUAGUGAUGGAUGAAGAAGAAGAAGAGGAAGAUUUACCUGAAGUUCCCUUUAGCAGAGUUGUAGCUCUCAACAAACCAGAACUUGGAUUUAUUAUAUCCGGAUGUUUUGCUGCGGCUGUCAAUGGAGGAAUUCAGCCGUGUUUUGCAAUUUUGUUUUCUGGCAUCCUUGGAAUAUUUGGAGAACCUGAUAAUAUAGAUCACCAGAAAGAUCAAGUUCGUUUAUAUGCUCUGCUGUUUGUUGCUAUUGGUGCAGCAGCAUUCAUCGCUAAUCUGAUACAGGCUGCCUCUUUCGCUAAAUCUGGAGAGGAAUUGACAAGUAGGUUACGUUCAAGAGGAUUCCGAGCAAUGCUGAGACAAGAUAUUGCAUAUUUUGAUGAUCAUCGCAACAGUACUGGUGCAUUGACUACAAGACUGGCAACAGAUGCUUCACGAGUGCAAGGAUGUACUGGAGUCCGAGCUGGAACUGUCAUCCAAAACAUAUGUGCUUUAGGUGUCGCCCUUGGAAUUGCUUUUGCUUAUGGAUGGCAACUAACAUUGAUCACAUUAUGUUUUGUUCCUUUCAUGAUCAUCGCCGGCUUCAUUAUGAUGAGAUUGCUUACUGGAAAGUCUGGAACAGAAUCAAAAGCUUAUGAAAAAGCUGGUUCCAUUGCUACGGAAGCUACAUUGAACAUAAGAACUGUUGCUUCUCUCACGAAAGAACAAUACAUGUUUGAUAAAUAUAAGGAGGCGUUGGUAUUCCCAUUCAGUAAAUCUCAACAAAAAGCCCUGUUCUAUGGUGUAUCUUUUGGAUUUUCUCAAUGUAUUGUUUUCUUCGCAUAUGCUGCAACAUUCAGAUAUGGUGCAUAUCUUGUUGAAGAAGGCGUCAUGUCAUUUGACAAUGUAUAUAAGGUACUCAUGGCUGUCAUCUUCGGAGCAUUUGCAGUUGGACAAACUUCUUCUUUUGCACCAGAUUACGCUCAAGCUAAAAUAUCUACUAACAGAUUGUUCAAACUUCUUGAUAGAGUUCCUGAAAUUGACAGUUACAGUCCAGAAGGGGAGACGCCGGAAUCAUCUCGUGGAAAGACUGCUAUUUACAAUGCGAAGUUUAAUUAUCCGACUCGUCCAGAUUUCCUUGUGUUAAAAGGUUUGUCUGUCGCAGUAGAACCAGGACAGACAAUUGCUUUGGUUGGGCAGUCUGGAUGUGGAAAAUCUACUUGUAUCCAACUGAUUGAACGUUUUUACGACCCAACAGAAGGACAAGUGCUGCUGGAUGACAAAGACAAUAAGUCUCUAAAUAUCUCGUGGUUGAGACGACAGAUGGGAAUCGUGUCUCAAGAACCAGUUUUGUUUGAUCGAUCGAUUGCUGAUAAUAUUCGAUAUGGAGAUAACACAUAUGUUGCAUCGAUGGAGGAAGUGGUUGCAGCAGCGAAAGCAGCAAAUAUCCAUAAUUUUAUUGAAACAUUACCAGAUGGAUACAAUACAUCCGUUGGAGAUAAAGGAACCCAGUUAUCAGGAGGACAAAAGCAAAGAGUUGCCAUUGCUAGAGCUUUACUUAGAAACCCCAAAGUUCUUCUUCUGGAUGAAGCUACUUCUGCUUUGGAUACAGAAAGUGAAAAAAUUGUGCAAGAUGCUUUGGAUGCAGCAAGACAAGGAAGAACAUGUAUUGUUAUUGCUCAUCGUUUAUCGACUGUGAAGAAUGCAGACAACAUCGCUGUGGUUGAAAACGGCACCAUUGUCGAAUUCGGAAAACAUGAUGAACUGUUAGCAUUGCAGGGCUCUUAUUUCAGUUUGGUGAAUGCGCAAUUGAAUGGUGCCCAGGAGACGUAGAAAACCUAAAGCAGAAAUUAAGAGCUGCAAAACUGCAUAUGACAGUAUGAGAAAAAUGAGCCAUACAUGACAAAAUGUUAAAGAUAUCUUGUAUGAUUAAUGACCAAUCAAACACUAAGUUUUACAUUUCAAAUUUUGUAAGUCAAAUGUCUAUGAAAACAGAUUGAGAUAAGCUGUACUUUUUAAGUCAAAUUAGAGCUGACAAUAGUCCUUGUGCCUAUGUACAUUAUUUGACUGGAGUUUUUGUACAAGUACGUGAGCUGUAGGUUGAUUGUGUUAAGUCUCAUUUCGGACCUCACUUUGGCUUUUGCUAUUUCACCAUCCUUUAUUAAUUUCCUAUUAAUUUUCUAUUGUAUUCAGCAUUUCCCGAAUGUUACUGACCUAUGGUAGUUUAUACCAGCUAUUUUUCAUCAUAAUGCAUUUGAAAUUAAUUUUCAAUACCUCUCUCCUCUUGCUACUCUCUCUUUUUCUCCCAUUAUGAUUGGUUGUGGAAACUUUGUUCCUUAUUUUGUAACCGCGUUCACGACUCUUUCUCAUAUUCAUAAACAUAUAAUUUGAAAUGUCAGGACUGAAUUGCUAUAAGAUUUAGUCGUGAAACAUUCAAAUACAACAAUAUUUAUUAUCUCUUCCAAAACGCAUUUAAAUGCUGAAUAUAAUUGAGUUGGUUUGCUUUAUUAUUUUAGUGGUCCAUUUUGCUUUUUUUCUCAUUGUAACAGUGUUGACAAUCGUAUUCGUAAUUCCUUAUCCAGUUAGCCUCAAAAACUUGAAUUGACAUAAAUGCAAUGCUCUUAGAUUUUUUCUUUAAUCUUAAUUUGUUGGUACGUGUUUCUACAGUAAAAUUUGUUGAUAUCGCUUUGUAGGUCUCAAUUAUUUAAUUCAAUCGUUCCAAGAUAGUUAUUGGAGCGUAAUUCAUUAUAUUGCCUUUAUUUGAUAAUUCUUAUACAUCACCAUAUUUUUUGUAAUUAUUUUUCUUAGCAUGAGCUAUUUGCUUGUGGAUUCACCCGACUGAUACCAUCAUUUUAAUAGAAUUGUUAGAUAAGCAAUAAUCUCCAAUUCAGUAUUAAGGUUUAAUCGCCGAAAUCUCAAUUGUGAUUCAUGAUCAAAAUCUGGGAAUCUGUCUUUUCAUUCUUUCACCAAGCAGACAAUUUUAACUACAUUCCCAUUGAAAUAAUCAAAUUUCAGCAAUUAUCAAGUUUAGUACUUUUUAUUUCAAGCUUAGACCCAAACACAGCAUCAUUGCGGCUUUUGUACAUAUUUCUUGUCCUGACUUGAAAUUUCUGAAUUCAAAUCUUUCAUUUUUGUAGCUGUUUUAGUGCUCUUCUACACUUUCUAGCUAGAUUAAAGUCUUGUAUUCACUGAGAAUUACAAAUGUUUGGUUAAAAAUUAUGAAUUAAGAAAAUUCUCAUUAGAAUCAGUGUUUUCUUAUGCUGAUUCAAAAUUCAUAACCUCAGUAUUUAGUGUAUAUUGAUGAAGCGUAUUUUGUGUUUUUCAACAAAAUACAGUGUAAAUUCUGAAAUUCUGGGUAUGGUUUGUUUCAUUUCAUUUCGUAUGCUGGUCUUAAAUUCAUAAACUCAGUAUCUUAGCAUAUAUUGUUAGAACGUAUUUUGGGGUUUUCAUUAAAAAUACAUUCACUUGAA